GUCCUUUCUGACCACCUCUACCAACCAGCAGGGUGGAGGUGGGUAUAUGGGCAGGUGCCAUGUCCUGCUGGGACUCCUAGUGGACUUUGAGGCCAGUCCGAGGAGUUGCCUAGGCACACUGGAAUCUAGAGUUGUGGUUCUGUACUUUCUGACCUGUCAGGCCAGAGGGGGCUGCCUUCACCCUGGCUUUACAGGUGUGCCUGCCUUCCACCACACUGGUAGUUAAUCCACAAGUUGGCAUGCUUCUCUGUGAACAGACAUAUCACUGCAUUGCCAUCCCAGCUGCUCAAGCAGCCUGGCUGAGUCACCGGCCUUGAGAAGACCUCCUCACCACCCUCCCACACACACACACUAGCUCUUUUUUCUUUUGUAGAGAAUCACAUAGCAUUCACAGUUCAGCCUGCAUGUUAGAAUCGGAGAGGACGUGAUUUCUAUGGUGCUUUCUCCCUUUCCCUCUGAAUGAAAUGAGUAAAACUUGUCCCUUACUUACAAUGGUUGUAGCAGUGUUGCUCUCUUCCAUGGAGGCUCAGCUGUGCCAAUGGAACGGCGCCCAUCCCCACGUUAUGUCUGUCUCCACACUGCAUUCUCUGGAAUGUCUCAUACCACAGACCUCAAUUGCUUGACUUGGCACAGGAUAUACAAGAUAAAUGUGGUAUACUCCCUUCUGUGGGUUCUUUUGUAUGUUCCAAAAUGAAAUGAGAAAAAAGAACAUGAAAAUGAAAAAAAAAAUUCUAAAUAUUAUCUUUCUACAUUUCAAUAGAUCAUCUUGUGCAUCCCACUUUGGAGACUAUUAAUUUCUCUGUGACAUAGCACAGUGUAUUACACACUUGGCUAACGAUCAGAACACCUGAAGUGCCUAUUAAAUACAGAUUCAGCUACUGUAUGUCUUGUCUGUGUGAUCAGGAUAAAGAGCAUACUCUCUCCAGUUCACCAGCAGCCUGCAACACUCCCUAUCGUAUUCUACCCAGUCCACUGCAUAUUGACCUUACCUGCCAAGCUCAUGUGGACAUUUGAGGGUUUUUUUUUGACAUUUGAGGUUUUGAUCUCUGUUUUAGGGGAAAAAAAUAGAGAGGAUUGUGACUUUUUAAAAAAAAAUAGAUAAAUUUUACAGACAGCAAAAUGCACUGAUCUUAAGUGUAUAAUGAGAUGAGUUUGGGCAAAUAUAUACUUACAUGUGACCCACACCCCAAUUAAAAUAUAGAACAAUUCUAUCAUUCCAGAAAGUUCCCUUAUGUCCUGUUCUAGUCAAUCCCUAUCCCCCACAGGCAACCACUGUUUGGAUUACUAUCACCAUAGAUAUGUUUGGGGACACUAACUUUUACUUCAUUGUCUAGCCCAGCUCAUCAGGGAGGAAAACUUGACAGGAAUUUGGAGUAUAAGCACUAGGCAGGGUUCAAGGAUUUGUUUAGUGGGAGCAUGACUUAUCUGUCUUAACAAUUGAAGCAAGAAGGCAUUAAUAAUGACAUCUGCUAUUUAUUAAGCAAUAGCUGUGUUUCAGGCACAGUACGAGGCACUUCACACAUCACAGGCAGUCAGGGUAUAUACCUAGGCAAGAGCAGGAACCCAACAGGAUGUAAGAACAAAAGUGAGUUGCCACAGGGCACGUGAAUGUGAAUAAUUUGACCGACUGCUGUGCAGGGCUAUGGAAAGAAGUGAGAACUAAAGCUAGAAAAGAAGAUUGAGGCCACACCGUAUCUUCCAACAAUUCUUCCAACAUCGACCCAGGCAACCACGUUGAAGUGAAUGAUUUGACCACCCAGAUACCCUCAAAAGUGCAGAUACAAGAUAUUACUAUGGAGCUACACUGCCCACUGUGUAAUGAUUGGUUCCGUGAUCCACUGAUGCUAAGCUGUGGCCACAACUUCUGCCAGGCCUGUAUCCAAAACUUUUGGAAGCAGCAAACAAGGGAAACGUUCUGUCCUGAGUGUAAGAUGCUAUGUCAAUAUAGCCACUGUACAUUCAACCUUGUCCUGGAGAAGCUGGUAGAGAAGAUUAAGAGGCUACCCCUACUCAAGGGCCAUCCACAAUGCCCAGAGCAUGGAGAGAACCUGAAACUGUUCAGUAAGCCAGAUGGGAAACUGAUCUGCUUUCAAUGUAAAGAUGCUCGGUUGUCUGUGGGGCAGUCUAAAGAGUUCCUGCAGAUCACUGAUGCUGUCCAGUUCUUUAUGGAGGAGCUUACCAUCCAUCAGGGUCAAGUGGAGGCAACCCUGAAGGAACUUCAGUCCCUGAGGAACAUGCAGAAAGAUGCUAUUGGUGCUUACAAGGAAAACAAGCUACACCUGCAGCAACACGUCUCUUUGGAGUUUCUAAAGCUGCAUCAGUUCCUGCACAGCAAAGAAAAGGACAUUUUAAAUAACCUCCGAGAAGAGGGGAAAGCCUUGAAUGAGGAGAUGGAGAUAAAUCUGAACCAGCUUCAGGAACAGUCUCUCCUAGCCAAGGAGAUGUUGGUGAGCAUCCAGGAACGAAAGGAACAGCAGAACUCCUUCGACUUUCUCAAAGACAUCACCUCUUUCUUGAAUAGCUUGGAGCAAGGAAUGAAGGUGCUGACACCCAGAGAGCUUAUCUCCAGAAAGCUGAACGUGGGCCUGUACAAAGGUCCUAUCCAGUACAUGAUCUGGAGGGAAAUGCAGUCCAUUCUAUCUCCAGGACUAUCUCCCCUAACUCUGGACCCUAAAACAGCUCACCCAAAUCUGGUGCUCUCCAAAAACCGAACCAGUGUGUGGCAUGGUGACAUUAAGCAGGUAAUGCCUGAUGAUCCAGAGAGGUUUGACUCCAGUGUGGCUGUGCUGAGCUCAAAAGGCUUCACAUCUGGAAAGUGGUACUGGGAAGUAGAAGUGGCAAAGAAGACAAAGUGGACAGUUGGAGUCGUCAGAGAAUCCAUCAUUCGGAAAGGCAGCUGUCCUCUAACUCCUGAGCAAGGAUUCUGGCUUUUAAGACUAAGGAACGAAACAGAUCUAAAGGCUCUGGAUUUGCCUUCUUGCAAUGUGAAACUGAUUAACAACCUCGACAAGGUGGGAAUAUACCUGGAUUAUGAAGGAGGGCAGGUGUCCUUCUACAAUGCUAAAACCAUGACCCACAUUUACACCUUCAGUAGCACUUUCAUGGAGAAACUUUAUCCCUACUUCUGCCCUUGCCUUAAUGAUGGUGGAGAGAAUAAAGAACCAUUGCAUAUCUUACAUCCACGGUAAUUAGUCAUACUAUUGUAUAAAUUCAGAGUGUUAUUAAAGAGGUAUUGAAAUAGUU